UGGAGGCUUUUAAACUAUAAUCUUCAUCUACUGAAAUUGGUUGGAUUUAAAGGAAAAGCGCGCCAACUGUUUGCUUUAUGACGUCAUACAGCGGAAGCUCGUCUGUAGCGUGAAUAAUGGAGGGGAAGGAUGGAAGGAGCUUCGUGGGGAAAAUAUUAGAAACGGCAUGCCUGAUCGUCACAUGGAUGGCCUUGGCAUUAUAUGUGGAGAUAUACGGACCUACGCUCAUAGACCUCAAGGACAGACUGCACACAGACUAUGAGAAAGUGGCGGUAGCAAUUUCCGGUCGCAGUGUUGGCUGGUUCCCAGGCGCGGUGGUUGGCGGCGUGCUGGUUGACCGGUUUCCCGGAUAUUGCCAUCUUAUGCUAGCCGUAGUGUUGGAUGUGGCCGCGGGGGUGACCGCCGCCAUUCCCAUGUCGCCUUCAGUCACGUGCUUGUGGGUUUUCUGUUUCAUAGGCGGUUUCGUGGAAUCCAUCCUAAACAUAUCCGGGACCCGGAUACUGUUUAAUAUGUGGAAGGAGAAGUCGGUGUCGCCCCUGAUGUUGGUUCAUCUUGGUUAUGGGAUCGGCUCCUUUAUUGUCCCUCUCUAUGCCAACCCUUUCCUUGCCGACACCGCUGGUGACGCAGAUUACGGCAAUGAUACACUGUAUAACAAUGGUACGGUUGAAGGCAAUGGCGCAAUAAAAAACAAUGGGACAAUUUCUAAUACCAGUUUAUCCGUUUCUAGAAUUGAGUAUCCAUAUGGGAUAUCAGCGGCUUUUGCCGCGUGUCUGUCUCUGGUCUUCUAUGCAUAUCAAGUAAGGGAAUGGAAAAUGAUUCCACCAAUGAUGGAACACACCGUGGAAAAUGAAAUAGAAACAACUAAUACAAUAAGUACUGAAGAAGAAAAAGGCAAGUCCCUUUUAGAGAUGGUUAACCCGGCCUCAUGUGCUGGUGGACACUUUUGGUACGGAGUUCAGAUAUUCUCACUGGUGUUCCUCUACUUUGGAAACAUUGGAGGUGGUGACAGAAUGAUUGGUAGUUUUAUCAGAAGUUAUUCCAUCGACCAGUUGAAGUUCACCAAAGACAGCGCGACCCUUCUCAAUACGGGUUACUGGAUCAGUUUCUCCGUGGGAAGGCUGGUGUUCUCGUUCUUCGCUAGAAUACUGUCUGUGCGUUUACUGAUACUGGUUGAGACAGCGGGGAUGGCUGUAUCAUCUGUUAUUCUGGUUCUGCUGGCGGACGACGACUCGCUUUCACUCUGGGUGGCCAUGCUGGCGUUCGCCUUCUUUGCGUCGGCCAGCUGGCCCACGGGGAUCGCCUGGAUCGAUUACCAUAUCGUCCUCACCGGCCUUGGGCUCACCCUCCAGACUUUCGGAGCGUCCGUCGGCGGCAUUUGUCACAUGCGCCUCAUCGGAUACCUGUACAAGAACUUUGGUCCUAAGACGUUCUUAUAUCAGGCACUUGGCUAUGGUGUUUUGCAAUUUACUCUAGCUGUAGCAAUGAACAUAGUUGGCUCACAACACGGGAGUCGCUAUGAAAAAAAUAAGAACGAUGUUUCAAUUCAAGUAAAUGAAGAAUAUGAAGACGACAAACUGUCAACGAAGAUGUGAUUUGUAUCAAAUUGAUUAAAACUUUUUUUCUUAUGAUAUCAUUUUAUUAAUUGUAUUAUUUCUUUAUUCCUCCUAGUUGCGUACCUCCACACACGCGUACUCCAUGCACAAACAAGCACUUGUGUCAAGACGAAUAACAAUCUAUUUCAAGAUUAUUUUCAUAGUGUGUACCUUACUUGUGUGUAUCAAAUUAUAACCAUUAUACAAAGGGAAGCCUAUAGACUACAAUAGUUUGUUGUUGACAAUUUCCUGCAUCAAUUAAACAAAAACAUUUCA